GGAAAAAAAAAAAAAAAAAAAUCAUCAAUGAAGAAAAGAAGCCAUGAGCAAGAACUUGAUAGUAGCUACAGCAGCAGCAGCGGUAGUUGCAUUCUUCGCCAUCCUAAUAACCAAUCCCAACAAUAUCUUUGCACCACCUCCAAUACCAUCGUCUCUUGAUCGUCUCCACUACGCAGAGGUCGUUCAUGUCACUGGAGCUGUAGGACCGGAGAGUCUGGUCUUCGAUCCUAAUGGAGAAGGACCUUACACUGGCGUCGCGGAUGGUAGAGUUCUCAAAUGGCUUGGAGAUGGCCGUGGGUGGCUUGAUUUUGCCACCACCACUUCUGAUAGGAGGGAAUGCAUUCGCCCAUUUGCACCAGAAAUGGAGCAUGUGUGUGGAAGGCCAUUGGGACUGCGAUUUGAUAAAAAAACUGGAGAUCUCUACAUUGCUGAUGCCUAUUUAGGUCUUCAAGUAGUUGGUCCAAAUGGAGGUUUGGCGAGACCAGUGGUCACUGAAGUUAAAGGCCACCCCUUGCGCUUCACCAAUGAUAUGGAUAUCGAUGAGCAAGAAGAUGUGAUUUACUUCACAGAUACAAGCAAAGUCUUUCAAAGGAGGCAAUUUAUAGCAUCCGUCUUGAGCAAUGACAAGACAGGUAGAUUACUGAAGUUCGAUAAAUCAAGCAAAGAAGUAACUAUAUUACUAGAAGGCCUUGCAUUUGCCAAUGGUGUAGCACUGAGCAAAGACAACUCCUUUGUGCUGGUGGCAGAAACCACUACUUGUCAAGUUUUAAGGUUUUGGCUUCAUGGUCCUGACGCUGGAAAGGUCGAUGUUUUCGCAGUGCUUCCGGGAUUUCCAGAUAAUAUCAGAAGAAACUCGAAAGGAGAGUUUUGGGUAGCUUUACAUGCCAAGAAAGGGCUUUUUGCAAAGUUGGUUCUUUCUAACUCAUGGAUUGGAAAGACAUUGUUAAAACUUCCACUUAGCUUUAAGCAACUGCAUUCACUGUUGGUAGGAGGGAAACCUCAUGCAACUGCUAUAAAGCUGAGUGAGGAUGGGAAAAUUCUGGAAGUUUUAGAAGAUUGUGAGGGAAAGAAAUUGAGGUUUAUUAGUGAAGUGGAAGAGAAGGAUGGUAAGUUGUUGAUUGGGUCGGUAUUGAUGCCUUUCCUUGGUGUUUAUAAUUUGCAGUAAAGAUGCUCACAUAUAUGAAGGGAUUUUGUGUAAUUUGCAUUUAUUGCCUAGUAAGUGAAACCCCAAUUGUUGUGUUUUAAAUGUUUAUGCUCUGUUUGGGAUUGAGUUAAAACUGUCUUUCAGAAUUAUUUUUUCCAUGGUAUUAGAAAGUUCACUAAGUCCUUUUGAGGAAAA